AGCCUCAGGUUCAGACAUACUCCGAACCUGAAUAUGUAAGAAUCUCAUCUGUCUUACACUCUCUGUCUUAUUUGUAAAAAUUUAAAACAUGUUGCUCAAAAUCAGCAAAAUGUCACUCAACUUCCUCACUCUAUUUUAAUUUCCAUUUCCAUAUCGCCUUAAUCUUAUCGAAUCCCGCCACAAUCACCGCCCUACACGGUGGCCUGAGCUCCUCCAUUGCACUGAUAUAAGAACCCGAGAUUAAAGACCAUAGCUUUCACUUAAAGCGCUGGAUAGACCAAAAGGGUUUUCAUUUUGGAGUCUUGAUUCACUGUACACAAUCCAUUACAGAUCUUGAAGGAAGCUAGUCUUGUUCUUACAGUUUGAUUGAAAUUAAGGAAGCUGUGAUGUCUGUUUUGGAAAGACCAUCAUCUAGUUCAUUUUCAGAGGCUGUUGGGGGUAGAGAGAUUGAUCCUUUAUUGAAGGAUUUAAAUGAGAAGAAGCAAAGUUUUAGAAGGAACGUUGUUUCGUUGGCGGCGGAGUUGAAGGAAGUUCGUAGCCGGUUUGCAUCUCAAGAGCAAUCAUUUCUUAAAGAGACAUUAACAAGAAAGAAAGCUGAGACCAAGGCAAAAACCAUGGAAGAAGAGAUUUCUAUAUUGCAGAAGAGAUUAGAGGAGAGGAAUGGCCAGGUUCAAGCUUCAGCCUCUACUGCUGAGAAGUACCUAAACAAGCUGGAUAGUCUCAGAUCACAGCUUUCAGCCACUCAAGCUACUGCAGAUGCAAGUGCUGCAUCAGCUCAAUCUGCUCAGCUUCAGUGUUUAGCAUUAUUAAAGGAAUUAGAUAUGAAGAAUAGUUCAUUAAAAGAGCAUGAGGAUCGCGUGACUAGGCUAGGAGAGCAAUUAGACAAUUUACAGAAUGAUCUUCAGGCACGGGAAUCCUCCCAAAAGCAACUGAAAGAUGAAGUUCUUAGAAUUGAGCAAGACAUUAUGCAAGCUAUUUCCAAGGCUGGAGCUGGCAAAGAUUGUGAACUUAGGAAAUUAUUAGAUGAGGUUUCUCCAAAAAACUUUGAGAAGAUCAAUAGACUUCUGGUUGUCAAAGAUCAAGAAAUAGCCAGUUUGAAAGAUGAAAUAAGAAUUAUGUCUGCCCACUGGAAGCUCAAAACCAAGGAUUUGGAAACGCAGUUAGAAAAGCAACGACGUGCUGAUCAAGAGCUGAAAAAGAGGGUGUUGAAGUUGGAAUUCUGUCUUCAGGAAGCUCGUUCUCAGACGAGAAAGCUCCAAAGGAUGGGAGAGAGGAGAGACAAAGCACUAAAAGAACUCAGGGAACAGUUAGCAGCAAAACAACAGGCUGAAGCUGUGAGUAAUAAUGAAAAACAAAAUUUCUGGGAAUCUUCUGGCUUUAAGAUUGUGGUUUCCAUGUCAAUGUUGAUCUUGGUCGUAUUUUCAAAGCGAUAAGAUUAUAAUGUUAUACAGUUAGUGUAUAAAGUAAGAGUUUAGGAAACUUGUAAAGGCCAAUUCAAUUUUAAAACUGCUCAUGAGUAGAGAGAUUCUCUGCAAUGUGUUAUCCACAGCCAAAGAGGUGCUCUUUUGUGCUCUUGUUAAUAGCUUAAAACUGUAAGGUUGGUAAUUUGACAAUUUGGCAACCAUAUGUGAAGCAGCUGACUACAGUAAAAACUGAGUUUAGAAUAGAAACUAUACGCUCCUCAAUGUCGGGGAUCUCAUUAGAUUAUGGCACUGUAGUGAAACUAAUGAGUUUAUUGUAGUAAUGUCUAUAGUUUUAGUAUUAUUCUCAGUGUAAUUUAUGGAUCUAGUCAACGCUUUUCAAGCGCUUAGCUUAGCUUCGGCUAGCGGUGACAAAAUGAUUAAUUAUUCUGGGCGUUAAUGAGAUGUUGCUGUAGUUUUCAAUCA